AUGCCAGUCACCAUCGGUCACGCGGUGGAUGCCAACGGGGAGUUAGUACCACCGGCGGGUCUCUCCACCAAUCCCAGCCCUUCCAGCGAGAGCGGCAGCGCGCGCUCCUUCAAGCCCGUGCGCACGAAGGAGCCGCGCAAGUCCACCUCCGCCGGCACCUCGUCGUCGCGCACGUCGCGCGCGUCGCAGCCAGCCAGCCUCCGCGUGCCCAAGUCGCCUCGCUCCAACGCCUCCUCCUCCUCCCCCGACCAGCCUACUGACACUAACGCCGUAGACCAGUCCACUACGCGCGAGCACACCGCGCGUAGCGGCGGAAGCGGCGGAAACGCCCGGCGGUCGCGCCAUAAGGCGAACUCGUCCGCGGACUCGCUGUCGAGCGCCUCCGCCGUCACGACGGCGUCGGACGAUGGCGCGGGCGACGCGGCGGAAUUAGCAGCACCCGCGGAACCACCCUCCACCUCCGCCUCUGCGCCUACCGCUUCCGGGCGCAAGAGCGCGGCUUCGAAGAAGGAGCGGGUGGCGGAACAGGAGAUAGACGUUGAGGGUAGGAACGAGGGAGAGGGGGAGGAAGGAGGCGCGGGAGAGCGGGAGGGGGAAGGGGAAGAGGAGGAAGACGAGGACGAGGCGCCGGCUUUGCAGCGCGUGCAACGAUCCACCACGGCUCCGCAUUACGAGCGCGUUAAAGGCGCCGCGGUCGGGGACGAGCCGCGGCCGAUGCGCGUGAGCACGAGCUACGACGCGCGGGGCAAGCGAGGGCUGUUACUUUCGCCGAACACACAUCGCGUGGUUUCUUUCGCCAGCGACGUGAAGCUUCCUGAAGGGUUCGAGGGCGAAGACGCCGAAGCGUUUAGCCGGAACAGCACGGGGGGGUUGGUGGGGUAUCAGCAGGUUGGGGGCUUGCCGCGCCCGUUAUCGGCACCUUCGUUAAUAGCGCAACUGAACUCGAUGCUGACCCCGUCGAGAUCCGUGGGGAGUUUCACGGAGAGCGUUGGGGUCAGCGGAAUCGCGGUGUACGUGGGGCCCAAGAUGCAACUGUUCCGAGUGACGAGGGCGCUGCUCAUGAAGAUCCCCUUCUUCCGCAAGCAGCUGGAGGCCUCCACGCCAGAUGGCAAGCUGCAGCCGCCAGAGGAGGCACCAGAGGACGAGGAGGUGUCGUUCAUGCUGGACUGUGAUGAGCCCACCUUCUCCCGCGUCCUCAUUGUCGUGCAGUACCACAGUCUGGAGGCCCUCCCCUGGAUGAACGAUGAGGAUUUCUUCCGCCUGCGCUCGGAGCUCGACUUUCUCGGCAUCACUCUGCCGCCCGGCUCGCCCUGGCACCACCUCCCCUGGAAGGACGAGCGCAAGGCCGCCGCCGCCUCCGCCGCUGCUGCCGCCGCCGCCGCCGCUUCCGGCAUUCUCAACCCCGCUGCUGCCGCUCUCGCCGCUGGGUACACGUCUAGUUCGGAUACGGAGGAGAUUCGGGAGGUGCGCGGCGGGGCGGCGGCGGGGGGAGGGAUGGCCGGAGGGCUGGCUGGAAUGAUGGGGGCGAUGGUGGGCGGGGGAAUGGGAGUCGGGGGAGGAGCAGGAGGCAUGGGAGGCAUGGGAGGAGCGGGAGCGGGAGCGGGAAUGGGAGUGGGAACCGGAGUGGGAGGAAAGGGGUUUGGGACGGGAAGGGCGUCUCUGAUAAGUGCGCGGUCGAUGGUGCGGCGCAGUGUGGUGGUGGGGGGAGGGGGGCCUGAGGCCUCGCCGGGGGCUGGAGGCGGGAUGGGAGCGGGAGGGGCGGCGGGAGGAGCGAAAUCGCUGGUGGAGGAGGACAGGCUGGACGUGGUUUACCGGCACGGCAGCGACACGGCAGCGGCGUGCACGUGCUUUGGCACCAAGGAGGCGGACGGCCACUCGCACUGGGUGGUGUCUCUCUUCCACGGCCACGUCUUCUGCGCCUUCUGUGGCCGUGCACCCACGUGGCAUCCAAAGCUCUUCGCUGACGUCUUCCUGCUCGCCGCCCUUCCUCCCGCACCUACCCAGGUCAGUGACUCCCCUUCUCUCCCCCUCACACUUACCCAGGUCAGUCACUCCCCUUCUCUCCCCCUCACACUUACCCAGGUCAGUCACUCCCCUUCUCUCCCCCUCACACUUACCCAGCACCGCACGUUUCUGGAGCCGCAAGUUUGCUACAUGGGCAACCCUCAGUAUCCCACCCUUCCCUUCUGCCUUCCCCUCCCCCUCUCCCCCCCCUUCCCCUCCUUCCCCCUCCCCAUUACCCCGGCCUCCCCUUCUCCCCCCCCUCGCGUCUCCCUGGAGCCGUCUUUCGACUACAUGGGCAACCAUCCAACCCUCAGCAUCCCCCCCCUCCCUUCUGCGCCUCCCCUCCCCCCCCCUUCCCCCUCUCUCCCCCCCAGCGCGUCUCCCUGGAGCCGUCUUUCUGCUACAUGGGCAACCAAGAAAGAGGUCUACGCCCCUCCCCCACACCACAUUCACCGGGACAGCUUCCUCUCCGCCUUUGACCCCAUUGCUACCGAUGAUGAUUACGACUACAACCCUGGUGACUCUCCUCCAGACCCCUUUGUGGAUGGGGCGCUGGUGCCGGCACAGCUGUUGUACCUGCUCCUUCUCUCUAACCCCCCAAUGAUCUCCCCCACCACACUUCUCACUCCCCUUGUCUCCUCACCCCCUUUAUCUCCCCCAAUGAUCUCCCCCUCCUCGCCCCCACACCAGCUGGUGACUCUCCUCCGGACCCCUUUGUCGAUGGGGCGCUGGUGGCGGCACUGCGCUGCCGGCCACGUGGACCAAUGGCGACGUGCCAGCAGUCCCCUCCGAGGAGCUGCGGGCCGUGCGCUGGCUGCAGCAGCGGUGCCGAGCUGGGGCGUUCCCCACAACCUUAGGGGAGGACGAAGCAGUAUUGGUUGA